AUGCCCAAAUAUUACUGUGACUACUGUAAGUCAUACCUCACACAUGAUACCAUGAGUGUGCGUAAAUCCCAUUUAAUGGGUAGAAAUCAUAUCAAAUACUAUUGCGAUUACUAUGAACAAAAGGCAAAGCAAACCGGAAUAUGGACACCUCUGGAACUCCCAUAUGAGAUUGAUACGCUGUAUUUGAACCAAGGAGCACCGGGUGUACGAGUGCCCAAAGAAAAAUCCUCUAAAAAAUCCAAUAUUCCAGCUGAUGUCUAUAGUGCACAAAAGAACUUUUCUCUUCCUCCCCCUCCAAAUUUACCGACUUUCCCAAACCCUCCACCUUCGAUACUAAGAGAGGCAGAAGAAGUUAAAGAGUCUAUAGCACUUCAUAAACGUAAAGAUACCGAAAACACUUGGUAUUAG